AUGGAGACUGACUUGGAUAUCGAAGAGUAUGAUAUAAGGAAUUUUAUUCCAUUGUAUCCUGAAACAUGCUCCCUUUUAUACCCCUCUCCGUUAGUACCAGAUUCAUAUGAUAUAAAAGAUAACUUUGAAACUGAAAAAAAGUCUAAUUCAAAAUUACACAAGGGAAAUUUGGGAGAUAAAAAUAAUCCUAAUAAUAAAUCUGAAUGUAUAGGUGCAGAGAAAUAUAUGUGUCAUAAAGUAGACACGAAUGAUUAUGAGUUACAGGAUAAAUUGAGGUAUAGCUUGUUACAUCCAAUGUCAAGAAGUUCACAAAAUAAUCUUCAAGUUGAUCUUAAGACAAAAAUAAAUAGAAAUACACUAAACAAAGUAUUGGACUCUUGUAAUGAAAAUAGACAGAAAAUAUUGACACCUUUGAAAAAUUCAAACUUUCUUGAAUGUGAACAGUCAUUGAAACCCAAGACUAAAUUAAUAGUAAAAAAUCCUUUAAAACAAAAUACUACACAACCUGAUUAUAUAGGUAAUAAAAAAGAGAUUUUAAAGUCUGAAAAGUUACGAAAAAAUAAAAUAAGUGAGUUAGAAAAAGAUAAACAAAGCCUAAAGAUCUCGUUAAAAGAAACAGCUAUAAAUACUCCUAAAUCAGCGGAAUUAGUUAAUUCCAAAUCCUCAAAAUCAACAACCGUAUCAUUAGGUUCUAUUCAUAAAGAAACUCCUUUUUCUAAGCAGAUAGUUAAAUUGCCUGGGUAUUUGCAGUAUCAUUCAAAACCGGAAAGAUCUAUUUCAGAAUCUGCAGGCAAGAAUAUUUCUUCAGAUACUUUGAAAACAAGUGUAUUAGUAAAUGGUGUAAAAAAUAAUGAUAUUGGUUUAUUAAAACAAGGCAAUAUAAAAACUGAACCAAGGCUUGAGUUAGUUAGAAAUCCCAAUGAAGAUAAAAAAGUAGGUAGUGAGUUAAAGACAAAGCUACAAAUGAACGGAACAGUAAGGCAUACCACAGGUUUAAAGGAAAUUAGCUCAUAUGAAGAUCAAAAGACUUUGAAGAAGCCUUUAGAUGUUUCAAUAAGAAAAGAACCUAUGCAAUUUUAUAGAGAAUAUACUGAAGAUAAGUUUGAAAUAAUGCAUGGUACACCGGAGGAAUUUACUACAAAACUACUACUAAGUCCUAAUUUGGUAAAAAUUGAGAAAAAUUCAAAUAAUGAAGUUGUAAUUUAUGUACCUUGUAGACUUAAUUCAGAUUUAGAAUGUAUAUUCUACUUUUUCUCAGAUAAUAAUAUAUUUUUGUUCCCUGAACAAUUUGCCAAGAUGUUACAUUGUGCUCAUUUAUACCAUUCAAGUAAACCAUUAGAUAUUUUGGAAAGAAUGUUCCCUAGCAACGAUGAAACAGAGCCAGGUCUAGUAAAAAAAUCUAUAAGUUAUUCUUCUUUUUUAAAGUUACUUCAUAGAUUUGCACUUUUCAAAUUCAAAUCAAUGGGAAUAAGUGAAGAGGAGAAACUCAAUAUUGUGAUUUCCUUUAUAAUUAAUUCCAAAGAUGGUAAAAGAGCGUCAGAAAAAUUAUUAAAAGUUGGGAGAUGUAUACAAGUUAAUGACCCUACACUACAAAGACAAACUAAAAAUAUACAGGUAGUAGCUGAAACUAAAGAAAAGAAGAUUGGACAAACAAUAGAGACAGUUGGAGUAGGAGUUGAAGCUAGAGUAGAAGUUUAUGAUGUUAGCUGUGAAUGUGAUUUAGAAAACCAAACAAGUAAGUGUUCAGCAUCAGAUACAUUAGAGAUAAAUUCUAAUAACAGCCUUGAGUCAGAAGAUAAUUCAAAAGUGGAAUCUGAUCAUAUUACUGAAGAUGAAUCUAGAUUACUAUGUACAGAUACUAAGGAUAGUAAAGAAAAAAUUGUAUAUUUUAAUCCUGAUGAAUACAAAUCAAAACACUUUAUUUCGACAGAAGAUAGCGAAAGUUAUGGUGAUCAGCCUGAAUUUCUAUCAGAUAUUGGAAAAGCAAUAACUAGUAUAGGCUCAGAAGAUGAUAAAAAGAUUUAUAGGAUAUUUAUUUACUAUGUCGGUCCAAAUAAAAGUAAGUUGUCAUACCGUCAAUUUUAUAAUAUGAUGAAUGAUUCAGGUAUAUUAGGUGGGUUUAUGGAAGAUUUCAUUACACCUAUUCAGCUUGAAAGAUGUUAUUCAGCAGUUUUAACUGAUCCAAAAGGUAUUGACUACUGGGAAUUUAAGGAGGUACUUUUAUAUUGUGGAGAAACUGCAAGUUGUGGUGAUACCCCAUCUACAGCUCUUCAAAAUAUUGUAAAAAAGUACAUAUUACCUUUGAUACUACCUAUAUACCAACCAAAUAACUUUGAAAAGUGUGAAGAUGCUAUUACAAUAGCAAAUUCAAAUAAAUUAAACUCAAGAACUCUUGAAACACUUCAAACAAUGAUAAACAAAACAACACUACCUUGGUUUAGAUUAGGUAACUGUCCAUUCAUAAGUAGUGAUGAAAGUAAUAGUUGUUCAUGUGAUUACUCAUCAUAUUCUGAUUCUACUGAUUCCAAUGAGUCGAGCUAUUCAUCCGGAAGCCUUAAGUCAUUGUAA